GCUACGGGAGCGUCAUUGACUCCUCCUUCUUCAAGAUGGCGUCUUUGCUGCAAUCGGAGCGGGUACUCUACCUAGUCCAGGGAGAAAAGAAGGUUCGGGCCCCGCUCUCGCAGCUGUACUUCUGCCGCUAUUGUAGCGAGCUGCGGUCGCUGGAAUGUGUGUCUCACGAGGUGGACUCCCAUUAUUGUCCCAGUUGCUUAGAAAAUAUGCCAUCAGCUGAAGCCAAACUGAAAAAGAAUAGAUGUGCUAACUGCUUUGACUGUCCUGGCUGUAUGCACACCCUCUCCACUCGGGCAACAAGCAUUUCCACACAGCUUCCAGAUGACCCCGCCAAGACCACCAUGAAGAAAGCCUAUUACCUGGCCUGUGGAUUUUGUCGCUGGACAUCUAGAGAUGUGGGCAUGGCCGACAAAUCUGUGGCUAGUGGUGGGUGGCAGGAACCUGAAAAUCCUCACACACAUCGGAUGAACAAACUGAUUGAAUAUUAUCAGCAGCUUGCUCAGAAAGAGAAGGUUGAGCGAGAUCGCAAGAAACUGGCGCGACGUAGAAACUAUAUGCCCUUGGCUUUUUCGCAACACACUAUUCAUGUAGUGGACAAAUACGGUCUUGGAACCAGGCUUCAGCGACCACGAGCUGGUGCAACCAUCAGUACCCUUGCUGGACUUUCCCUUAAAGAAGGAGAGGACCAAAAAGAGGCGAAGAUCGAGGCGGCUCAGGCUGUGGAUGGGGUGGAGCCGCUUCCUGAGGACUAUUACAUAGGACCCGUCAAUUUAACAGAAGUGACCACCCUUCAGCAGCGUCUCUCACAGCCUGACUUCCAACCAAUCUGUGCUUCACAGCUCUAUCCUCGUCACAAACACCUUCUGAUCAAACGUUCCCUGCGCUGCCGGAAAUGUGAACAUAAUUUGAGCAAGCCAGAAUUUAAUCCAACAUCUAUUAAGUUCAAAAUCCAGCUGGUUGCUGUCAAUUAUGUCCCAGAAGUGAGAAUCAUGUCAAUUCCCAACCUUCGCUACAUGAAGGAGAGCCAGGUCCUCCUGACUCUCACAAACCCUGUGGAGAGCCUCACCCAUGUGAUACUAUUGGAGUGUGAGGAAGGAGACCCCGAUAAUAUCUACAGCACCGCUAAGGUGGUAGUGCCUCCCAAAGAGCUCAUUUUAGCCGGCAAGGAUGCUGCCGCAGAGUAUGAUGAGUUGGCAGAACCCCAGGACUUUCAGGAUGAUCCUGACAUUAUAGCCUUCAGAAAAGCCAACAAAGUGGGUAUUUUCAUCAAAGUGACCCCACAACGUGAGGAGGGUGAAGUGACCGUGUGUUUUAAGAUGAAGCAUGAUUUAAAAAACCUGGCAGCCCCUAUCCGCCCCAUUGAAGAAAGUGACCCGGGCACAGAAGUCAUCUGGCUCACCCAGCAUGUGGAACUCAGCUUGGGCCCGCUUCUUCCUUAACAGGUCCCGCAAAGGAGAGCAUCACCACAAACCAGGAAUAAAAUGUGGAAGCUGCUGCUUCAUUAGGCCUUGUUCGUAACGAUGUACCCAUACGCUACUGAAUUCUGUUCCUAGGAGGUGGGGGACAUCGGCAAGGCAUUCGUAACACAGGUUAAUUGCUGUUCCUCUUGCUGUCACUUCUGUUAACACCAGUAAAUCUGUGUCUCCCUCACUGAACCCUGCACAUUGAACGAAAGCGUAGGUCCAUCCCAAAAAAGGGAUGGAUGUUUCUUGGAGUGGCAUUAGAUUUACCACCUGAGAAACUCUGACCAUACUGUAUCUCACCAUCUGAUCUCACAAAGGAUCGUAAUCUCACAGAUGAAACUUAAAGUGAUAACUGAAAGGUGGACCUAUAGCAUUGUUCUCAAUAUACCAACUGCUUUCUGCAUUCCAUUAGAUAAAACUUAGCAGUUUAAACAUAUGCCUUCACUUGCCAUUACGGCUCCCAUCUUACCGUAGAUUUCUAUUUGACAGAAAUUAUCACAUUGUCUUUAGUUUUGGGAUGAUUGGAAAAACCUGUGAAAUUCUUCCAGCACCCUCAUUUGCCUUCUUCUAAGUGGCUACAGGAUACUUAUUCACCAGUUGCUCUUAACACUUUUUCCAAUUGAAUUUGAAACUUUUUCUUUUAAGAAGAAUUUGAGAACCAAGCAAUUUUACAUACCAUGUCAAGGGGGUAGCAAACUGCAUUCAUUUUAAAUGUUAACACAAUACCCAGGGAUUAAUGCUGCCAGAGGGAGACAAUCCUUACAUAUCUUAUUCCCAACCCCUUCUCCUCUGCUCUCUUUAAUUCAAUAAAUUGUUCUGAGUAUUUGAGACCUGGAAGGAGCCCAAAGAAAACUUGGUGGACAAGUUCACUUUGGAAUGCAGAAAACAUUUUAAAGGUUAGAUUAUUAGCAUGAUCUGAACUAAUGUUCUCUCCAUUGAUCUAAAGGAGAAAACAACAAUUUAUAAUCUCUUGAAUCCAAAACUGGAUGUUAACAUAAAGAACACUUCUUCGUUCCUGACUUUAAGACUUUUCUCAUAUGCUGUGUCAAAUAGGACCACUUUGAUUGUGAACUAUGAAAUAGUUUAGCAAGUAGCCCAGCACACUGCCCAACAGCACACAUGCUGUCUGCAGUUGGAUCCUGCAGCUGGGUUGCUAACCUUAAUUUCUGUGAUGUUUUCUAAAACAAGACAACACAGUAAACCACCAGCUGCACCACAUUUUCUGUAAAUGUAUUGUUAGCAAGUGGCCAAUAGACAUUUGGGGGAAAGAGAAAUUUGUUUACCUUGGUUUUGUUUUUAGGUUCAAGCCUUUAGUUUAAAAAGAAGUUAAGAUAUAGUGCUGUACAAACAGGACAUACUAAUUUAUCAGCUCCCUCUUUAAAAGACACUAAAUUGUACUCUAAGGUUAAGCCAAUUUUAUGAAACAAUAUUCUACAGAGUAAGUAUAUGCUACAAUGUAAGAAAAAAUACAUCUCUAAUAUGACAGUAACAAAUAAGGCUAGUUAGCCUUUUAGGAGUUGGGGCAGCGGGUUGUAUAGUGACAAAUCUGCAGGCCAUACAAAUAGGUUAAUUUUUUGUGACCCCACAGAGUGUCACAUUUUUAUUUCACUACCUGCUAGAGCCUACUGUGAAAUGGGCAUCAAAGUAGGGGAUAGCUUGCUAUGUUUACACAUUUGCGUGUCGUGCAUUUAUGGCAUGUAGCUGGUAUUUGUUCCUAAAAGUAAUAAUGUUGAAAUAACGGGCCUCAUCACCCCCAUGUGACACAGAAACACAAAAACACUGAUGAUCUUAGAUUUUAUUUUCCUUCGGGAGCAAAAAUUAGUUUACAAAAUAACAGAGCCAUUGGUUUAAAUGUUUCCUCAGAUGUAUACAGUGCUAACAGGUAUUCUGUGUGUUAGCAGAAAUUGUUUAACACCUGUAGCUGGUGUUAAAUUACAAUUUUGUUGCUCUUUAAUAUUAGAUCGGGUGCAAGAUUUUUUUAAUGCAUAGUCAUUGUGCACUGCUGCAGAGAAUUUGAAGUCAUUAGAACUAGAAACUAUAAUUUUGGAAACUUAAGGCUAAGUUAAUUUGGAUUUGUGAUUUGAUUAGCUCACCAAAGUUUUCUUUUGUUGAAAGUGCUUACAGGCAUAAUCAACUAAGUAAAUGUCACGUAUAUUUCUGAAGAAACAUCCCUUUUGGGAAUGAGAGACACUCUUGGAUCUUUAUGAAUGACAGGUUCCUGUUUUGCCUUAUAGCUUACCUUAACAGUAGUGAAAUAAAGCAGACAAAGCUUGA